AUGAGCCGGCUGAGUGGAGAUCUCUUUGACGAUGGCUUCUCAGAAGAUGGGUCAGAUUCAGAUGGCUCGGAUCUAGGGGCUGCUGAAGAAGAUUUGUUGAGACACGCGAAGAAGAUGAAGAGCUUAUCUAAGCAAAUCGCGCAACUCGAAGCAGAGAACGUCGCCAAGAAGGAGUGGAUGAUGAAGGGUGAACCGAUUACUUCAGCCCCGUCAACCACCCGACGCCGGCUCGGCACUCCCGGUGAGGACAUUGGCCACGAGCGCGACGCGCAACAGCAACGCCGCGAUGAGAGUCCUCUGCUCGACCGUGUACCGGACGUGUACCUUCCGAUCCGUUUCGGCACAUGA